GUUAAAUGAUUCUUUUACUCCAGUGAAGCUGCACUUAUUUAUAUUGAUGUUUAUUUUAUUUUAUGUAAGUUUGGCUGGGAAAGUGUGUCAACGCUGCUCAGAUCUUUCUGUCUUUGGUUGAAAACCGCAGCUUGGUUUUCUGUGGAAUGGACGAAUUUUUUCUCUUUUAAUCAAAGUGCAACAUUUCAUCACCAUCAAACUGCCACUCCCUCUCAAACCACACUCUCACACCCCUCUUAUCAGCUUAUAAGACCAGUGCUGAAGUGAUAUCUGCAUUAAUACGGUCCUGUUCACAUCGUGAUCAUCAUCAGCAGCCAUGGUCUCUCGUUCUCUCCUGCUGGUUCUGCUGGUUCUCGGCUGCCUUCAGUCCUUCACAGCGGCUCAGAGUGUAAGUGUAACAGUCCAGUGCUGUUUCCGUUACCAGACACAUCCAGUCCCUGUAAUCCACAUUACAGCGUAUGAAGAAACACACCAUCAGUGUACAAAUCCUGGAGUCAUUUUUACCCUAAAACGUGGUCGCUGUGUGUGUGCAAAUCCCACAGAUAGUUGGGUGCAGAAACUCACGAAAAUAAUUGACAGCCGAAAGUUUACAACCUCAGUCCAACCUAAAGAACCUGUUUCUACUCCCGAACCUGUUUCUACUCCCGAACCUGUUUCUACUGCCUCACCCGAUAUAGAAUCUACAAGUCCUCCAGCUCAACAGGAUUACACAGAGAAAUCAGAUGCAUUUAGACCAGUGGAAUGCUGUAGCGGUUACAAGAGAAAUCCAAUCCCUGUAAUACACAUUACAGCGUACAGAGUAACAGACGAUCACUGCCGAAAUUCUGCAGUCAUUUUUACUGUAAAUAGUGGUGUGGGUGGGCAGUGUGCAGAUCCCAAAGAUCAGUGGGUGCAGGAACGCUUGAAAAUAAUUGACAGCCGAAAGUUUACAACCUCAGUCCAACCUGAAGUGUUUCAACCAGAACCUGUUUCUACUCCCGAACCUGUUUCUACUGCCUCACCCGAUAUAGAAUCUACAAGUCCUCCAGCUCAACAGGAUUACACAGAGGAAUCAGAGUCUGACAAGACAGAUUCUCCUACCGCAUCCAUUAUGGUCCAAAUGGAGCAGAUGUGUAUUGCAUCACAUACCUGAAGAAUCCAAUAACUGUAAAAGUCAUUAAAGUGUAUGAACAUCCAAAAGCUAGAGCCAAAAGUUUUCAAUCAGUUGUUACUCUUCCAGUGGAGAGUAUUUGAUAGUAACUGAAAUGAUAAGUUAUGAUAAGUUAUGAUCACUAAUUACACUGUAGGAGAAUUAGAUUUUCUGUUUUUAUUGCAGUUUUACCCUACAGGAGAACAUCGUUCAUUUUUAAAAUUACACAUUAAAGGAG